AUGACUUCUUCUUCAAAUAAUAUUUUACAAAACUGUUCAAAUGAAACUUCAAUGGUUUCGGCUCUAGUCUCAACAAAUAUGAUUAUUGAUUCACCAACUGUACCUAUACAAAAUGGACUUUCGUUCAAUGGUUCACUUGAUGGUUUCCAACAAGUAGAAAAGAAAAAGAAAAAGAAAAAGAAAAUUAAACGUAAAUUGGCGACAUCUGCAAUGAAGAAAAAACGUACACGUUAA